GGCGUCGCUGUAAGGACAGCUAAACACGCAGACUGUAUCGUCAACAUCCGGCGACACGUCUCCCAAACACUCUGCUGGGAGUAUCUGAUGCAUGUUUUUUAUUUUAAACAUAUCCAGGCUUCUCAUUAAAGGCCAAUGUUGCGUCUCGACCCCUUCUGACAACCUGUGAUUGAGUCGGGCUAUUUUAUACUGUCAACUCGCAGCGCCUCACCACGAGCUUCAAAUGGGGGACGUGAGGAAGCUGCAGAAGAAGUUGAGACAGAUUGGAAAUCUGGAAAUAAAAAUCAGUCUAACCCCAGAGGAGAGAUUCAAGAUCUCCAGGAAGGCGGAGCUGCGCUCCAGAUUGGCUGAGCUUCAGCUGCAGCUUUCUGGCCCACAGCAAACUCCUGGGAUUGUGGAAGACGGAGAGAAGGAGAAGAUGAAAAGACAAGUGGAAGAAGCCCCUGGGGCCCUCCCAUCACAAACGCCUCCAGCGUCCAAGAUCCUGAAGGGAGAAGAGCAGUCCAAAGCCCGAGUCACGCCAGCCCCGGGCGGCAGGCAGAGGGAGACCGGAAGGGCAGCAGAGAUAGGCGGGCAGCCGGACAGGACGGAGCCGGCCAAGGUGCCAGAUAACCGCUCUGACUUUGACACCGAGCCGCAACAGGAAGAUGCUGAAUUUGCAUCCCUCAAAUCGUCUUGGGGGAAGGCAAAGUUUCGCUUGAGGCUGUUGGAGGGUCACAAUGACAUAGUCACCUGUGUGGUUGCUGUUGACAACCUGGUGAUUUCUGGAAGCCGAGAUACAACGGUGAAGGUGUGGCACGUUCCCACGGCAACAGAGCACAAGAACCUGGGAGGUCACGCCGGUGGAGUCACCUGUCUGUCUGCGCCUCCCCCCGAGUACUGCAAGAUGCUGGCCCGGUGCCUGUCUUUGUCCGACAAGGAGAGGUUUAUCUUGAGUGGCUCAGCAGACUGCUAUGUGAAGAUCUGGGCCCUGAGCAUUGGGCAGUGUGUCAAGUCUAUCUACACAUUCAACGCUGUGACUGCGCUCUGCUUUGCGCCAGAGGACGAAGGAUACAUUAUCACCGGAUCAGACGGGGGGAAAGUUCAAGCCUGGAGCUGGCACAAUUUUGAAAACUGCCAGUCAAUCAACGCUCACCAGGAAGCAGUCACCUCCGUCCAGACUCAGGGUCCACUGGUGUUCAGCGGCGCGGCCGAUGGAGGGGUUUCAGUGUGGGAGAACCGGUGUUCAGUUCGUGACCCCCUGAGGCUGCUGCACCACUGGGGCGGGGAGGUGACGGGCUGUGGGGGGGGGGCGGGCGGCCGUCUGACACUCAGCCCGCGGGGAGACAGAGCGUUCCUGGCUUAUGGUCGGUCCUGGCUCAAGAUUCUGCACUGGAGGACCGGCGCCAUGUCCAGACUGACCAAUCACAACAGCAUCACCGGGGUAACAGAUUGUGUUCACCAGACAGGAGGCCUCCUAAUUGGCUCCUGCCACGAUCUUGCGAAUGGAGAGAGCUCGCUUAACGUGUUCUCUCUGCCUCAGUGUCGGUACCUGGCCUCCCUGACCUGGCCCGAUGCUCCCAGAAUUCUCUGCUUUGCGGCGUGGACCACAGGGAGCGGAGGCCACCGAUGGGUCACCGGAGGUCGCGACCUCGUGGUAUGGGAGCAGCUCCCCGGUUCCGGGAAGCAGAGGGGUGAUGUCACCGCGAAGAGAGACAUUAGGUUGGAGUCGUGUUUGCUGGAGUCGGAGGGGGACACAGAGGAUGACGAGGGGACUGACGAUUACGACGAUGACGACGAUGACAACAACGGUGAAGCAAAAGAGUCUGCCGGGGCGGAGGACGGAGGGUCCGCCUCGUGGCUACGCUGCGUUCUCCAGUGAUGCUCAUGCUGAGGACACCACGGCCUGCAGCCAUGAAGAGGAAAUGAGAGGGAGGGAGCGUAGUGACAGCCAAGGAGGGUGCAGGGGAAGGAAGUGUGACAGACUGAGUGUCAAGUGUGCGUGUGGAUGCAGAUUGUGAGUGUGUUAGUGUGAGUGAUGGGCAGAUUGUUUUCUAUGUAAAUAUUAUUUACACAACACAAUAAAGAUGUCACCUUGUGACUCUCACCUCCA